AUGCAUUACUCUGCCUCCCGCUUGGGGACUGCUGCGAUAGCAGUGGUAUUGCUACUACCUGCAGGAUUACAUGCUUGUCAACGCGAGCGAGAGUUCUUCACUCAUCAACACAAGCGACAGGCAACACCGGUCCCAGAACUCACUGCAGAUGAACAGUUGAUCAUCUCUUCAUUUGACAAUAAUAGCAUUCCUGACUGGUCUUACUACUACACGCAUGGUGACCAUCUGGCUGGUCGCAACAGAAGCCAAGCUCAAUGGACCGCAGAUCGAUGGGCAGAAGCUGGCUUCGAGACUCGACUCGAUAGCUACCAUGUCUUUCUAGACUAUCCAGUCAGCAAGUCUAUUUCCGUGACCUGGCCAAACGGCACGACUUACACACCAAGCCUUGAAGAAGCUGUUCUUGAAGAAGACGAUGUUACUGGCUGGGAGAAUCGUAUCCCUACUUUCCAUGGCUACUCCUUCAGUGGCAAUGCAAGCGCAGAGUAUGUCUAUGUCGGGAGGGGUCAGCAGGCUGACUUCGAACGCUUGAUUGCACUUGGCGUAGAGCUGGAAGGCAAGAUUGCCCUCGCGCGUUAUGGAGGACCCUUCCGAGGUCUGAAAGUGAAGAACGCACAGGAAAAUGGCAUGAUCGGUGCUAUACUCUUCACUGAUCCGGGCGACGAUGGUAACGUGACUGUCGCAAAGGGCGUGGCAGCAUACCCGGAUGGCCCGGCUCGUAACCCAACUUCAGUGCAGCGCGGCAGCGUUCAGUUCUUGUCGACAUAUCCUGGCGAUCCGACCACGCCAGGCUACCCAUCGAGGGAAGAUUCACCCCGAGCAGACAAGAAUGCAGUGCUACCGCAGAUUCCGUCGAUCCCCAUCUCGUACGAAGAGGUCCAACCGAUACUUGCAGCUCUUGAUGGCUUCGGCACACCAGGAGCCCAGGUCAACCGGUCUAUGUGGGUCGGUGCUCUCAACGCGACGUAUGCGACCGGACCAGCGCCUGGAGUCACAAUCAGUAUGGACAACCAGAUGGAAGAUACGUACACCGACAUCUGGAACGCCAUCGGCAUCAUCAACGGCACGAAUGCAGAUGAGACCAUCAUCAUAGGCAACCACCGCGACGCCUGGCUCAUUGGUGGGGCAGCGGACCCCAACUCUGGUACUGCUGUGAUCGUCGAGCUCGGUCGUGUCUUUGGCAAGCUUCUCGCACAAGGAUGGCAACCCAAGCGGAAUAUUGUGCUCUGUUCGUGGGAUGCCGAGGAGUAUGGGCUCGUUGGCUCUACUGAGUGGGUGGAAGAGUACAUACCUUGGAUCAAAGACACUGUGGUGUCGUACUUCAACAUCGACGUCGGUGCAAGCGGACCGCAUCCUGGAAUUACCGCAUCGCCUGAGCUGCACGCGAUUGCUACAGAACAGAUGAAGAAGGUCGUCUGGCCAGCGAUGGGCGGGAACGAAACGAUGUACGAUGUCUGGAUGGAUGACACGAUGGGUCGGAUUGGUGUGCUUGGAAGUGGCAGCGAUUAUACUGCAUUCGUUCACCGAGGUAUCGCUGCAAUCGACAUGGGCUCCGACCCCGGCCCAGGGGAUCCAAUCUACCACUACCACAGCAACUACGACAGCUACCACUGGAUGGCCAACUACGGCGACCCUGGCUUCCUUGUCCACAAAGCAAUGGGUCAAUACCUUUCCCUCCUAGCCUACCACCUCGCAAACGAAGACCUCCUCCCCCUUGAACCCAUCAACUACGCCACCCAAAUGGAAUCCUACUAUACUGCCCUCCGCUCCACAAUCGGCAAUUCUACCCAAGACCUCGACACCUCAACCCUCGAGUCCGCCAUCGAAGAUUUCCGCGGUCAGGCGAUCGAGGCCGAGAAAAUGGCGCAGCAGGCGAUUGCGGCUGGCGAUGAUGCGCUGCUGCAGGUUGUGAACAAGAGGUACCGAGACUUUCAGAGGGGGUUUGCGAGUCAGGGUGGGUUACCUGGGAGGGAGUUCUAUCAACAUUUGAUUUUUGCGCCGGGUGUUGAUACAGGAUACGCGCCGGUCACGUUUCCGGGGAUCACGGAAGCGGUGGAGGCUGGGAACUUCACGUUGGCGGAGGAGUAUUUGGAGAAGACGGUGAGGGCGAUUGAGGUGGCAGGGAAUAUCUUAUACACGUAA